AUGCCUGCGUCCGAAAUUGAAAUGAUUGGCGCGAAGCGCUCCCAUGAAGAGACUGAAGAUAUCCAUCGUAAAAAGUUCAAAGCUUCGGAGCUCCCCAUCACAUCUGCCCAACGCAAUGCCAUUGACAAUCUACUAUACUCUUUUAAAAAGAAGGGCGGCUUUGACAAUGCGCGCAAAAAAAUAUGGGCUGAGUUCAACGAAAGCGAGGCCAAGAAAUCAUUCAUUGAAUCUUUAACUCAAAUGGCGGAAUCAGAAAUCGAACGUGACACUUCACUUUUAUCCCGUGAGAGAGGCAAAGCUGCUACCCUCAUUGAAGGUGCGGUGGACCGGAGCGACUUGUAUAAAACAGUAGACAGGGCUAUUGAUAAAAUAUCGACUAAUUACCUGGAUGAUAUACUCGAGGUUUUGAGGAGCAUUCGUCGACAGGAUGCAGGCGACGAGAUCGCAAACUCCGAGGAGCAGAGAGGCAAUACAACAGAUGAGGAGUAUGGUCGUUUAGUUGAAGCAAAGAGACAGGAGAGAGAAGAGGAGAGAAGGAAAGAACUGGAGUUACAAAAAAAACUAGAGCAGGAGCGUGCUGAAGCCGAGGCAGAAGAACGCCAGAAGCAACGAGAGCUCCGGAGACAACAGAAGGAGGCUGAGAGGAAAGAGCGAGAGGAGCGCGAAGAACGGCGUCGUUCUGAGCGUGAAAAGCGCCGUGAAGAAGAGAGAAAGAUGGAAGAACAGCGAGAAAAAGAACGGGAGGAGCGGAGACGGCGGAGACGCGAAGAGGAGGAAAAGGAAUAUCGCGAAAGGAGACGUGAGGAACGAGAGAGAGAAAGAGAAUGGGAAAAGGAAGAUGAUCGAUGGCGCGACAGUGACCGUUGUAGAGAUCGGGAUAAAAAACACGACUUGGAUGCAAAGGACACUAAACCCCCUCCAAAGGCCCCUACACCAGCACCCGUCGAUGAAAAGGCAUUGGAGGACGAGGCUCUAGAGCUUCUAUUGAAAGAAGGCAAAGAACUCGCUGCCAAGUCUCGACAGCGGCCUGAGUUCGAUUUUGAAAAAGCAGAGGAGUUGGAAGCGCAGAAUCAGGCAGCAAUGGUAAACCAGGCACAGCCCAAAUCUAACACUUCCGUUCGUUCAAAAGUAGACAAAGAGUCAGAUAGACCAAAGAAUGAUGGCUUCGAAGACCGUUACGACCAGUAUCGUACAAAACGGCGGGACGAGUCAAGAAAUGGAUCACGGACUAGGAGGUCGUCACGCUAUGAAGACCCCCGGUAUCGUGAUAGGGAUUUGGAAAGGCGAGAUUCGGAGAGAAGAGAUCGUGAUCGUGAGAUGGACCUCUAUCGACCAACUCGCGAUAGGAUUGACAGGGACGAUCGGUCUGAGACACAUCGCAGGAGCCGUGCUCACAGCGGCUCGUCGGCUAGAGAUCGUGAUAGGGAGCGGGAUAAGGGACCCGAUGGCUAUCGACCUCGCGACCGGGACAUUGAGCGGGAUCGAGAUCGAGAAAGAGAAAAGGUUGGUGGGGACGCAUAUAGACCUCUCGAAAAGGAACGGGAAAGAGAACGAGAUAUAGAUAAAGACCGCGAGUGGGAGUGGGAUCGAGAUCGUGAGCGAGAUAGGGCAAGAGACCGUAACAGAGACCGUGACCGUGAUAGGGAUAGGGGUAGAGAUCAAGAGAGAGACCGAGGUCGAGAUCGAGACCGAUCAGGCGGAAAAGAUAGAGAUAGGGGUUGGAAUAGGGACAGAGACAGGGACCACAUUGACCGUAACUACCGCCCUCGAGCCUAUUCACCCUCACGAUCGCGAUCACGAUCCCGACGUCGAAGAUCAAAAUCACGGAUUCGAUCUCGAUCUCCGCUACACAAAAGCCGGGGGGAAAGAGAUCGAUCAGAAUCCCGCAGACGACACUCUCGCCGAUCUAGGUCUCGCGACCAACUUGAUAUCGAUCGUUACGUACCACCGACCUCGACAAGGAGUCGCUCACCCAAAAGGCGAGCGCGAUCUCCGGAGAGAGAUACUCGUCGUGACAGAUCGCGUGACCGAAAUGGAGACAGAGACUGGGAUAGAGAUAGAGAUCGUGAUGACAGGGGUAGGAUUGACCGUUAUAUUCCCGGCGGAGGCCCCGUUGGUGAGAGCACAGCCUCCGCGCAAGCAUCAAGUAUGGAUAAAGACGAUCGAAAGAGCAGACGCCAGAGUCGAAGCAGAUAA